UAGGGUGAAAGAAAAAAUAUCUGAUCAUGCCAAAAAAUAAUAAUAAUUGAAAGAAAAUAGGAAGAGACAAAGAGAGAAGAACAUGGUGUCCAACUCUCCGAAGGACGCGGCGAGAAAGAUGCUGAUAAUUGUUAGGCUGAGCUGAAAUUAGGAAACCCAAUAUCGUAAAUUACCAAUCAUUUUUAAUCUGUUUGUUCUAAUCUAAAGUAGUGGUUUGGUUGAUGGGUGGUGGUGGGAAUCUCGUCGACGGUGUUCGUCGUUGGCUUUUUCAGCGUCCUUCUUCUUCUUCUUCCUCUUCCAAUAAUAAUCAAAACGAACCCAUUCUUCUCUCCUCUGCUACUUUUUCUAAUCGAGAUCAAUCAGGUGAGGCUGGAGAUUUGAAUGAGCUUGUUGUUACUGAAGAUUUCGACUUUACUGGGUUAAAGCUUCUUAAGGUUCCUAAACGUAAUCACUUGCCCAUGGAUCCUCAAAAGAAGGGUGUGCAGGAAACUGAGUUCUUUACGGAAUAUGGAGAAGCAAACAGGUACCAAGUUCAAGAAGUCGUUGGUAAAGGAAGUUAUGGUGUUGUUGCUUCAGCUCUAGACACACACACUGGUGAAAGAGUUGCCAUCAAGAAGAUCAACGAUGUCUUUGAGCAUGUCUCUGAUGCUACUAGGAUUCUCAGAGAGAUUAAGCUGCUGCGGUUGCUUCGUCAUCCUGAUGUUGUGGAGAUCAAACACAUCAUGCUACCUCCUUCUCGCCGAGAGUUCAGGGAUAUUUACGUUGUGUUCGAGUUGAUGGAGUCUGAUCUCCACCAGGUGAUUAAGGCCAACGAUGAUUUAACUGCUGAGCAUCAUCAGUUUUUCUUGUACCAGCUUCUCCGUGGUCUUAAAUAUGUUCACGCAGCUAAUGUGUUUCAUAGGGAUUUGAAACCAAAGAACAUUCUAGCUAAUGCUGAUUGCAAAUUGAAGAUCUGUGAUUUUGGACUCGCUCGUGUUUCUUUCAACGACGCUCCAACUGCUAUAUUCUGGACUGAUUAUGUAGCUACUCGGUGGUAUCGUGCCCCUGAACUCUGUGGAUCGUUUUUCUCCAAAUAUACACCUGCGAUUGAUAUUUGGAGUGUUGGUUGCAUUUUUGCGGAAAUGCUUUUGGGUAAGCCUUUGUUUCCCGGGAAAAACGUGGUGCACCAAUUGGAUCUUAUGACUGACUUUCUUGGCACUCCACCUCCUGAGUCCAUAUCAAGGAUUAGAAAUGAAAAGGCGAGGAGGUAUCUUAGCAGCAUGAGGAAAAAACAGCCAGUCCCUUUCUCUCAGAAGUUCCCUAAAGCUGACCCUUUGGCUCUCCGCCUUCUUGAACGCCUGCUUGCCUUUGAUCCCAAGGAUCGUGCAUCUGCUGAAGAUGCACUAUCUGAUCCAUACUUCAGUGGUCUGUCAAACUCAGAGCGCGAACCAUCAACACAGCCAAUCUCAAAGCUUGAGUUUGAUUUUGAGAGAAAGAAGUUAACAAAAGAUGAUGUUAGAGAGUUAAUCUACCGAGAGAUAUUGGAAUAUCAUCCUCAGAUGUUGGAGGAAUACAAGCGCGGUGGUGAUCAGCUUAGCUUCAUGUACCCUAGUGGGGUUGAUCGGUUUAAGAGGCAAUUUGCUUAUCUUGAAGAGAAUCAAGGUAAACCAGGAGCAGCAGCAGGUGGAGGAAGAAGUACUGCACUUCAUAGGCAUCAUGCUUCCUUGCCAAGAGAGAGAGUUCCUGCUCAGAAUGGUGAAACUGCAGAAGAAAGCAGUGAUGUUGAGAGAAGAGCAGCAGCUGCUGUGGCUUCAACUUUGGAAUCUGAGGAAGCAGAGGAAGCAGACAAUGGAGGAGGUUACAGUGCUCGUAACCUCAUGAAGAGUUCCAGUAUCAGCGGUUCUAAAUGCAUCGGUGUCCAAUCUAAAACUGACAAAGAGGAGGCCAUAUCUGAGGCAGAUGAUGAAACAGUUACAAAGCUUACUGAUAGAGUUUCUUCUCUUCAAUGAUUCUUAAAAAUUGUUUUCUCCAUUUUAUUUUCCCUUCUACCACAGCUAUCUUCGUGGUUGGGUUUUAAUUGUUGUAUUUAAUAGUUUGGGGGUGUGAAUGAGAACUUUAAAUAAGAACAUCCAAUAUUUUUUCCUUUUG